UCCUCGGCUUCACUCCCUCUUAACCGCCAGCUGCUUCCUCUGUUGCUUCAUCACUUGUUUAUUAAUGAACAGUCUUGAACUCCGUGGACACGCACUAACAAUGGCCGCACUCCACCCCCUCUCCCAACUACUCUUCUUAUGCCUCGCUAUUAUUAUUGCCUCUGCCACGGCUGCCAAAUUCCCGGCAGUCAUAGUGUUCGGCGACUCCUCCGUGGAUUCCGGCAACAACAACCAGAUCUCCACCCUCCUCAAGAGCAACUUCGAGCCCUACGGCCGCGACUUCAUCGGAAAACGCGCCACCGGGAGGUUCAGCAACGGCCGGGUUCCGCCCGACUUGAUUUCCGAGGGCCUCGGCCUCCGCCCUUUCGUCCCUGCCUACCUUGAUCCUGCCUACAAGAUUUCCGACUUCGCUGAUGGCGUCUGCUUCGCCUCCGCCGGCACCGGAUACGACAAUGCCACCUCCGAUGUCCUGAAUGUGAUACCGCUAUGGAAGGAAGUGGAGUACUACAAGGAUUACCAGAAGAAGCUGAGAGCCUACGCCGGAGAAAAGAAAGCGAAUCACAUAAUCCAGGAAUCUCUGUACGUGGUGAGCAUCGGAACAAACGAUUUCCUGGAAAAUUACUAUCUGGGGGGCCGGCGGUCGGCCCAGUACACGGUGGAGCAGUUCCAGGUGUUCUUGAUCGGGCAGGCGGAGAAAUUCGUGAGGGAGAUAUACGCGCUGGGUGCCCGGAAAAUCUCGCUGGGAGGGCUGCCGCCGAUGGGGUGUCUGCCAUUGGAGAGAACCACGAAUUAUUUAGGCGGGCAUGGAAACGAAUGCAAUGAGGAGUACAACGCGGUGGCGCUGCAUUUUAACGGGCUGUUGAACGGCCUUGUCAAGAAGCUUAACAAGGAGCUUCCUGGGAUUAAAAUUCUUUACGCUGAUUCUUACUUUAUCUUGCUUCAGAUCAUCAGAAAACCUUCUGCAUUUGGGUUUGAUGUGGCAUCAUUAGCUUGUUGCGGGACAGGGAUGUUUGAGAUGAGUUACUUGUGUGACAAGAUGAACCCGUUUACGUGCACGGAUGCAAAUAAGUAUGUAUUCUGGGAUUCCUUCCAUCUCACCGAGAAAACCAACCGGAUAAUUGUUGAUUACUUGAUCAAAUAUCUCAUCCAUCAGUUUUAGUGGACUGCAUGUGCAUGUGCCAGGAUACUAUCCACCAGUUGCUUUGAUUACAACAAGCUUAAAUUUGCGUACCAUAUUAUAUUGGUCUUAGCCGUACGGGGAAUACACUGAAUGUCAGGAGUUAAAUCUGUAUUAGGACUAUGUUGUAUAUGUUUUCAAUUAGUAUUGUUUUUGUUUUUUGGUACUCGUUUUACAAAAGACUUGUACUUGAGUGCAAUAUGCCUAUUAUUUUCUUAGUUCAUGGAUGUGUUUCCUCGUAUAUAUAAUACAAGUUUUGAUUGA